AUGGCAUCCUAUUCAACUCUCGAGUAUACACCACUCUCUGAACGUGCGGAAAAGGUUGCAGAGCAGUUGUUUCUUCCAGUAGAACAAGUCCAAGAUCAGCUCGCAGAAUUCGCGCAUGUUCAGUCUCGUCCGGCGAACAAAGAGGGUGACACUGAAGUCAUCGAGGGAGAGACAUUUACGCACCACUUCGUCUUCGGGCCGGGAGACGGCGAAGUAAUCCGGUGGCACUAUGUUGAAGCCGGACCCAAAGAGGGCGAAGCGAUCGUUUUCCUCCACGGCAUCCCCGACUCAUGGUACCAGUGGCACCUUCAAAUGGCCAGUCUGGCCUCGGAGUUUCAUUGCAUCGCCCCGGACCUGAAAGGGUACGGGCAGUCCGACAAAAGGGCUGGUGACUACCGUCACGAGGGCGCCGGCGAGCAACUCUUCGACAUGAUCCAGCUGAUCGGCGUGGAGCGGUUCAACGUCGUCGCCCACGACAGAGGUACCGUCCAGGCCGACUUCAUCGUCGCCAACCAUCCAGACCACAUCCUUCGCUACGCCCGAGGCGAGCAGCACUUAUUCCACUACAACCCUAAACUCUCGCCUCAAGGCGACAUCUUCAUGAACGCAGCAUACAAUGGCAUCCUGGACGACGCUCGGAAACUCAUCGUCUGGGCUCACGCGAGUAUCUGUGCCCGGCCCAUUCCCAAACACCAAGUCGAGCGACAGAUUCAAGAGUUCUCCUACACUGGUAUCCCUCAGGCCGUGCCGCGGUAUUUUAACUCUUCGACGUUUCGCUCGGAAUGGCUACAGCGCCGCAACCGCCUGCUCGCUGCGUGGAAGUGUCCGGUAUUGAUUCUGCAAGGGUACGACAGCAAGACGCAACCGAGGGAGUUCUACGAGAGUAUCACCCAUGAACAUAUCCCCAACGCGAAGAGUGUGCAGGUCCAGUUCAUCCCGGGAGGACAUUUCUGGAGUCUCGAAAGCCCGUCUGAGACCACGGCGGCACUGGACAAAUUUUUCAAGAGUUGA